AUGGCCGAUAAUGCAGAGGGCACCGGUGAUGCCCAGGUCACCUUCAAGGUGAAGACUGGUCAGGACAGCAACCAUGUCAUCACCAUGCCUGAGUCGGCCACCGUGCUUGACCUCAAGACCAAGCUAGCCGGUGAAGACUUUGAGAAUGUCCCCGUCGAACGUCAGCGUCUUAUUUACUCCGGCCGCGUCAUGAAGAAUGACGACACCCUCGCUACCUACAAGAUCAAACCCAACAACACCAUUCACAUGGUCAAGAGCGCCGCCAGCAAUCCUGCGCCUCAGCCGGCGGCCACAUCCUCAACACCUGCCGCCCCCGCCGUUCCCUCCAACAUGCAAGCCGGCACUGCAAACAACCUUCUUGCUGGCCUGACUGGUGCGAGAUACGCCGGCCACAUCAACCUACCCAGUCGCGAGACCUUUGGAGCCGACGGAGGAAUGGGUGCCCCGCCCUCCGACGACCAGCUGGCCCAGAUGUUGUCCGACCCUUCCAUGCUCCAGACCAUGAAUGCCGCUCUCGACAACCCCGACUUCAUCAACUACAUGAUUCAAAGCAACCCCCACCUGCGCAAUGUGCCCAAUGCUCGCGAGAUCAUUCAGUCACCCUUCAUGCGCCAGAUGAUGACAAACCCGGAUAUGCUCCGCAAUGUCAUGAGAAUGCAGCGCAGCAUGACCGGGGGUGGCGGUAACGCCGCCUUCCCCGCGCCUGGUGCUACCGACACGACUCCUGCUGAAGCCGCCGCUGCUGGUAACAACGCGCAGCGCUCGCCAUUCCCUGGCUUCCCAGGUUUCGGCGGCAUGGAAGGUCUGGGUGACCUUGGUGCGCUCUUCGGCCCCGGCAGCCCGUUUGCGCCUCCUCAACAACCAGGCGCCGGCGCAGGAAACACUACUGCUACGGGCACAACGACGGGAGACAAUGCACAGAACACGGCAGGUGCGGCUGCGGGAGCCACAGCAGGCGCCCAGGGCACGCCUGGCGCAAACACGGCCGGAAGCCCGCCCCCGGCCAAUCCUUUUGCCGCUCUUUUUGCGCCGCCUCCGUACGCCGCACAGGGCCAGGCCCAGGGCCAGGGACAGGGACAGACCCCUCCCAACCCAUUCGCCUCUCCGUUCGGCCAGAUCAACCCCGAGAUGAUGCAGCAAAUGAUGAACAUGUGGGGUCUCGGUGGUGCAGGCGGUGCCGGCGGCUCUCCUGCCCCUCCUGACAACCGUCCUCCCGAGGAGCGUUAUGCUGAGCAGCUACGCCAGCUCAACGACAUGGGCUUUUUCGACUUUGAUAGAAACGUGGCGGCUCUUAGACGGAGCGGUGGAAGUGUGCAGGGUGCGAUUGAGCAUCUUCUCAACGGCUCGUAA